GUGGUGAGUACUGGCACCAGAUGCUGUAAAUCAUGGAUGACAUCUUCCACUGGUGCCGUGAAGGCAACACUAACACUGUACAGGUGCGAUUAUGGCUCGAUGACACUGAACAUGACAUGAAUCAAGGAGAUAACCAUGGCUUCUCAUUGUUACACUGGGCUUGCAAGGAGGGACAUUUUGGUAUUGUGGAGAUGCUGAUUACUAGGGGUGCACGCAUCAAUGCCACAAAUCUAGGAGAUGACAUCCCUCUCCAUUUGGCCGCAGCUCAUGGUCACCGAGAUAUUGUUGGCUAUCUCCUUCGGUACAAAGCAGAUGUCAACUUCAUUAAUGAACAUGGUAACACGCCUCUCCACUAUGCAUGUUUCUGGGGCUUUGAAUUGAUUGCAGAGGACCUAGUGCAAGCUGGAGCGCCUGUUUCCAUUGCUAACAAAUAUGGGGAAGUUACCUUUGACAAGUGCCGUAGAGUUCUGGCUAAGCAGCUCCACACAAUGGCUGUAGACAGUGGUCAGAAUCUGGAAAAAGUGCCAUUCAAGGAUCAAAGUUGGCUUGCCCUUAAGACUCGCAGUCGUGAUGCAACUCUUUCUCGACACAAGGGCAUUAACAUCACCGAGUUAGCUCUUCAUACAAAGAUAGCUGUGAGUCCUUCAGGAGUGCUGUGACGUGGCAAAUGGCAAGGCAAUGAGAUUGUUGCCAAGAUACUGGCUCUCAGAGACUGCUCUCCUAGAGUGUGUAGAGAUUUUAAUGACGAGUUUCCACGAUUGAGAAUUUUCUCGCAUCCAAAUGUUCUUCCUGUUGUUGGAUGCUGUAACCAUCCACCAAAUCUGGUGGUGAUCACUCAGUACCUGCCAUAUGGAUCCCUCUUCACACUACUCCACCAAGAUAGUGGUAUAGCGGUUGACACUGCUCAGGCUCUCAAGUUUGCCCUUGACAUUGCUCGUGGAAUGUACUUCAUCCACUCACUGGAGAAGCUGGUUCCUAAUUUGUAUUUGUCGUCCAAACAUGUUAUGAUUGAUGAUGAUCUCACAGCUCGAAUCAGCAUGGCAGAUGCCAAGCUUUCAUUCCAGGAGCGGGGCAAACUGUAUUCCCCACAGUGGUUCUCCCCAGAAGCUCUUCAGAAGAAACCUAAAGAGCUCAAUGUGAAAGCAGCAGACAUGUGGAGCUUUGCCGUCACGUUAUGGGAGAUGGCUACACGUGAAGUUCCCUUUGCUGAUCUCACACAAAUGGAGGCUGACAUGAAGAUUGCACUGGAGGGUCUUCGUGUCAGUGUUCCGCCAGGAAUCUCUCCUCAUAUAUCAAAUCUGGUUAGUACCUGCAUGAAUGAGGACCCAGGCAAGCUACCAUCCUUUGAUAUGAUUCUCCCAAUUCUGGAAAAGAUGUGUUCACAGUAGAGUACUCUAGGAUGGAGGAUUACUAAGGUAAUGACACACUUCAUGUAUUGUUUUGAAAAAUAUGAAGUAUUGUGCAAAGGACAUUUAAAUUUAUUUUUAAUAAAUUUAUUUAGGGUACACUUAACUAU